AUGGACCUACCCGUCGAAGAACUCAUCCGAGAAAUCGGUCACGACGGUUCAGAGAUCAUCUCUGAUCUACCUGAGCCAACGUGCCGCCGUGGUUUCCAUCCACAAGAGUGCAUCCAAGUUGCACUGAAGCGUGGGUUCUCUGUCACUCCCAUCGAAUUAUUCCCUCGCAUUAUCAACCCUGCCGGUGAGGACAUUGUUGUUCUCUACGACGGUAAGGAAGAGAUGAAUUGGCUGGCUUUCCGCUGGGCUAUUGGCUUCGGCCGGGGAGUGAUGGAGUGCAGGACGAGUGGCGGUAAGGGGCAUGCGGUUGCCUACGACCACAACACCAUUCUCGACCCCGACUUCGGGGAGGAACCCUACACCAAUGCCUCCCUACUUCGUCGCGGUCUGUACUCAAAUCGGAUGAUCAAUCAAGAGUUAAUCCAGGACAUGGCAAACAACGGCCCGGCGGCCACCAAAGAAAUCAAUCAACAACUUUAUGAACGACUGCGAACCGGAGAUGCCACGGCCCGGGACGAAAUGAUCACAGCCAACAUGCCGUUAGUGAUCGCCAUUGUCAGUGAUUACGUGGAAGCAUUUCCCAAAGCAUCCCACCUCACAGACGACUUGGUCAGCGAAGGAAUGCUGGCGCUCUGUGAAUCCGUUGACAAGAUUUCUAACGGCCACAAUUGCCAGAACCCAUCAGGUUGGUUAGGUGCCUGCAUCGGUGAAAAGAUCGGCAAGAUCAUGGAUCAGGAACAACUGAUUGGGUCCACACGAACACGAAGACGUGCUCGCAAGGACAACAAAGAUAUGCCCGAGCGGGUCUUCGAACUGCCGGACAAUCCUGACCAUCACGACCCAGUCAGCAUGCUCGAACUCCGCGAAGAGAUCAACGCAUGUUGUGAGUCGGAUGAGGACUACAUGAUCGUCGAAUUGCGUGAGAAGGGACACACCGAUACGGACAUCGCCAAGCAACUCGAUAUGCCGUACACGACGACCUACAUGCGACGUCCGAACCGAGAUGCGAGGCGAAGUGUGAUUAAGCGAAUUCUGCUCGAUAUCGAUGACGUCUGUAACGAGUGCUCGAAGUACGCACUCCAGUGGUUAGGCGUCCCGUUCGACUAUGACAACUUCUACGAGAAGUAUCCCACCGAGUUGGGCUAUCAGAUCGUUGAAGUUGCCAAUCGGGCAUUGGGAUACAAACGAUUCGAUGUUCCCGGCUUCUGGAACAUGAUCCCCCAGCAGUUCUGGGCAACCUGCCCUGCGACUGCGGAAUUCACCAAAAUCUUCGACCGCUGUUGCCAACUGGUUGGUUGGCAAAACGUCUGCUUCUUGACCGGACCCACGAAGGACCCCGGUUGUUUGGCUGGAAAGCUGGAGUGGAUUCAGAAGAACGCUCCACCUUCGAUGCACCGCCAGUACAUCAUCAGCCCCCGAAAGCACUUCUGUGCCCAUCCUGAGGCUCUGUUGAUCGACGACAACCCUCGGAACAUCGCCGAUUUCAAGGCUUGGGGCGGCCACGGAAUUCUCGUCCCACGGCCGUGGAAUGAAAACCACGGAAUCAAUGGUCAAUCAAUGCGUAACGCGCUCUUGCUGAUCUUCAUCGUUGUUUCGGUGGCGACGUUGGCGGCCGAUCGAUAUGUCACCGUGCAAUUCAUGGAGGAAUGUCAGCGAGAAAACAAUCACAACACGCAGGAACUCGCCUACAUCAAAGAAGUGUUGUCCGCUCAGAUUCGUUACGAACGCCUAGUGACGGUUUCGAGCUACCUGGCUGAACAGAACAAAGAACUCAAAGACGCCGGAAUGAAUCUGUUCAAAGCCUAUCAACAAGAGUUGAUCUUCACAAACACGGAUUGGAAAUUCCAGAGAAACAGGGAAGAAACCCUGACCCCGAGACGUAAUAAACACAUGAAACGACGCGAAUUCCUCCAACUGGCCCAUACCUACCGGCCGGGCAAAGACAACAUCAAUGGUCACUACAUCUCUGAGAAGCUCGAUGGAAGUCGGUGCUUCUGGGACGGUGGGCUCACCCGCGGAAUGAAGACCAAAGACGUUCCGUGGGCCUCGGUCACCGACCCGAAGACUGGUAAGCCCAAGAAGAAGAUCAAGCCCAUCGCCACAGGGCUCUGGAGCCGAUAUGGCAAUCCGAUCAUGGCCCCAGACUGGUUUCUGAAUUCACUCCCUGUCUGUCCGCUGGAUGGUGAACUGUGGGCUGGGCGUGGGACCUUUCAACUGUGUCGCUCGAUCUGUGCGGGUGACACACCAGACCCACGAUUCAACCAGAUUCAGUUCGCUGUGUACUCCUCACCACCUUUGGACAAGUUGUUCCAAGACGGUGAGAUCAAGAACUCGAAUUUCCAUUGCGAGUUGCGGCAGGCAGAGAUCGAGGAAUUUGUCUUCAACCGCAUGGAGCAUGUCCCUGGUUUCAAGUACGUGCAGCCGGGCAGCACUUUCGAUGGAGAGUUACUGUUCCUGCGUGACAACCUUGAAACCCAAAGCCGCUGCUACCUGCAUCGGCAAGUAAAGCUAACUGGCCACGACCACGUUGAGCAGUUCCUGCAAGACGUGCUCGACCAAGGCGGUGAGGGAGUGAUCCUCCGUGACCCGGGCUCCUAUUGGACGCCUAAGCGUCACCGCGGAAUCCUGAAAUACAAGCCUUAUGACGACGCCGAAGCCAAGAUCAUAGGAUUCCGCGCGGGUAAAAAAGGCAAGCAAGGGAAUGUCUUAGGCAAGAUUGGCACACUCAUAGUACAGACCGUGAGUCUCAAGAAGAACGUAACUUUCGAGAUUGGCUCCGGAUUAACACUCUUGGAGCGUGAGAUAAACGACCUAAAGACCUCUGAAUGGGCAUGCGAAAACCCAGGAGAAGUGAUCCCCGACCCGAAGGGGAAGAUGACGCACUUCGAUUGGGGCGACAUCGUGACGUUCAAAUUCAGGGAACUUUCUGAUGACGGUGUACCGAAGGAAGCACGCUACUUCCGGAAGCGAAAUGAAUGCUGA